GACUCGAGCAGUCCUUAUAUCACACAACACCUAUUUGCAGUUAAAGCUUUCUCUCUCUCUGUCUUCAUCGGCCGGCAAGAAUCGCAGGUUCUAGAAGAGAAGGGGAACAAAUACUGCCGGCUACUGACCAGUCUGGACUAGAGAGAUGAGGCUGAUUACUCACAACAUGCUGUCUUCCAAGAUUAAAGGCGUGACGAACGGCUUCCCUCUGGGUAUUGAAGCAGAGAAGGUGGUGGAGAAGCAGGUGGACUUGAAUGUUGAUUUCCUCAAGAACAUGUUUUCUAAGAUUGAGUGGAAGGCCCUUGUCUCUGCUUCUCGUACAAUGGGGUAUGCCGAGCUUCCUGAGGAGGUGGAGCCUUCUAAGCUUGAUUCUGAGGAAUUCCUGCAAAAGUUCCAUCAUGCCCUUUUGGAGCUUCAUCUUGAGGAAGGUGCUCUUGUUUGCCCUGAGACUGGUCGCCGGUUUCCAGUUUCGAAGGGAAUACCUAAUAUGCUACUUCAUGAAGAUGAGGUCUGAAGCGAGUCACAGACACUAUGCUGCCAUUGCUGAUCUAUGAUGAAAAUUAGGCACUGUUCUAUAGCUUUUGGCAAUUGGAAACUGGAAUGCUUUAUUCUUUUGGUUUGAUCUAUUUCCCUUUUUGUUGUCAUUUUGGCCAUGGUGUAUUGGUGUAUCAAAUUCAAAGUAACAUCAAGGCUGAAGUGAGAGACUAAACUCCGCAGCCUAACGUCUGUGUAUCCUGACUUCUAUGUAGUAACUGUUAACUUGCAAUAUCAGUAAUUGAAACGAAGAA